AUGCUGGCCGCCACCGCAGUGAGGCGCUUACACGGAAACCGAUGCAACCACGCCACUGCUCCUUAUGAGGCCGCAGCUACAGUUCAAGCAGCAAGAGGUUCAGUGGUGCUGCUUUUGCUGCUCGUGCUGCUGCUGCUCCUUCUGGUGUUCCUCGUUUCUCUGGGGCCCCCUACGGAAGAUCCGGGGGCCCCUUUGGGUCUUCGGGGCCCCGCAGGGGCCCCAGGGGGGGAGGGGGUAGAGGGCGCGGGAGGGGGGCUGCUGGCUCUGCAGGAGCGGCUGCAGCAGCAACAGCAGCAGCAGCAGCAGCAGCAGCAACGGGAUCAGUGGGAGCAACAGGAGUAG